GCCCUCAGGACGCUCGGAGCCCUCAGGACGCGGCCGUGUGGGCGGGGCUCCGUGCGCAGCGCGGCGCGGUUUGUGCUGAGGGGGCGGGGCCUGCUGUGCUGGAAUGUGGCGGCGGCGGCGCGGGCGGCGGCGGCCCAGGUGCUGACCCCCGGCUGCUCCCCGCCCCUGACAUCCAGCGCUGGCAGCAGCGGGGCGGCUCCCGCUCCGGAGGGCCCCGCAGCCAUGUCCACCUUCCGCCAGGAGAGCGUGGAGGACUUCUAUGAGAUGGGGGAGGAGCUGGGCAGCGGGCAGUUCGCCAUCGUGCGGAAGUGCCGGGAGAGGAAGACGGGCCUGGAGUACGCGGCCAAGUUCAUCAAGAAGCGGCGGCUGUCGUCCAGCCGCAGGGGCGUGAGCCGCGAGGAGAUCGAGCGCGAGGUGGACAUCCUGCGCGAGAUCCAGCACCCCAACAUCAUCACCCUGCACGACAUCUUCGAGAACAAGACCGACGUGGUGCUCAUCCUGGAGCUGGUGUCCGGAGGGGAGCUCUUCGAUUUCCUGGCCGAGAAGGAAUCCCUGACGGAGGAGGAGGCCACGCAGUUCCUCAAGCAGAUCCUGGACGGGGUGCACUACCUGCACUCCAAACGCAUCGCCCACUUCGACUUGAAGCCAGAGAACAUCAUGCUGCUGGACAAGAACGUGCCAAACCCUCGCAUCAAACUCAUUGACUUUGGGAUUGCCCACAAGAUCGAGGCUGGGAAUGAGUUCAAGAAUAUCUUUGGGACCCCAGAGUUUGUAGCCCCAGAAAUUGUGAACUACGAGCCCCUGGGGCUGGAGGCUGACAUGUGGAGCAUCGGGGUCAUCACCUACAUCCUGCUGAGCGGAGCCUCCCCGUUCCUGGGGGAGACAAAGCAGGAGACACUGACCAACAUCUCUGCUGUCAACUAUGACUUCGAUGAGGAAUAUUUCAGCAACACCAGCGAGCUGGCCAAGGACUUCAUCCGCCGCCUGCUCGUCAAGGACCCCAAGAAGCGAAUGACCAUCGCCCAGAGCCUGGAGCACCCUUGGAUUAAGGUGAUCAAGAGGAGGAACGUCCGCAACGAGGACAGCUGCAAGAAGCCCGAGCGGCGCCGGCUGAAGACCACGCGCCUGAAGGAGUACACCAUCAAAUCCCACUCCAGCAUGCCCCCCAACAACACCUACAUCAACUUCGAGCGCUUCUCCAAGGUCAUGGAGGAGGUGGCUGCGGCCGAGGAGAGCCUCCGAGAGCUGGAGAGGAACAAGAAGUCCUUCCAGGAGGACAUCGAGGCGCUGCUGUCCAUCUACGAGGAGAAGGAGUCGUGGUACAAAGAGGAGAACGAGAGCAUCAGCCAGGACCUGCGGCAGAUCCGGCAGGAGCUGCAGAAGACGGAGGCGCUGAAGAAGCAGGCGCAGGAGGAGACCAAGAGCGUGGUGCAGGCCGCCAACGGGCUCAAGCGGCGCUACCGCAAGCUGGAGAACCGCUACGAGGCCCUGGCCAAGCAGGUGGCCUCGGAGAUGAAGUUCGUGCAGGAGCUGGUGUGGUCCAUCGAGCGGGAGAAGCUGCAGAGCAGCGAGGGCGACGGCAGCAUCCGCUAACCCGGCCGGGCCCGGGGGGCUCCGCGGCCCCCGGGGAGUGGGGGGUGCUUGUGCCUCCCUGGAGCCCCCACCUCGGGGGGCCGGGGCCGUGCCACCCCGGGGCUCGGCUUCCCGCCCAGCUCGUGUCCCUGCGCUCCCCGUCACCGCUGCCGUGCUCCGGGACGUUUGUCCCCCGCUGUCACCCGGGUCCCCGAGCUGCCCCAGUGCUCCCCCAGUGGGGGGGUUGGUGGGCACAGCUCCCCUCUACGCUGCAGCAGCAGCCAUGCAUGGGCUGGGACCAAGGACUGAUCCCUGCGUGGCCUCACAGUCUGCAGCCCCCCGGAGGCCCCUGCGCCCCGCGUUGCCCCCAGGGUGCCGCGCCCCUUGUCCCCCUGUCCCAGCCCUGGCUCCCCCUUUUCCCAGAAUAAAGGUUUCUGUGUAGUGGG